AUGGCCGACUUUUCAGAUGAAGAGGAUCGCCAACUCGUUCAGCUCGCGGCGGUGUACGAGCAAGCGGGAAGACGAAUCGACUGGGUGUCAGUGGAGAAAGACAUGAGGCCGUCAACAUGGAGCGCAACCAAACUGCAACAGCGAAUCAAGACGCUCAAGAGACGAUAUGGCAAUAACGUGCUGAGUUUCCUAUCCACGCUAUUUCCGCCCGCCACCAGACCGAGCAGGACUGCAUUUGGAAGCCAAAGCCGCGUCUCCUCUAAGGUUUUCGCCUUCACCACAUAUCAUUUCGAUCCUAUCACCGCAAGAAACGUACAACGCCACUGA